AUGUCAGGAGUUCUUGGGUUUCUAGAAUUCCCAGGGACAAACAGGAGGGUCCAGUACACUAUUAGCAAAGGGGGCAGUGAAGCCCUUUUGCAGGCAUUGGUGAACGCAGCACGAACCUCAGUACCAGACUAUGACAUCUUGUUACCUCUCUUGCGUUUGCUGGUCAGAAUUGGCUGUAAAGUUGCAGUAGGAACUAUGUUGGGCAUUAAUGGAGCAAUGGAACUGCUCUUCCAAGUUAUCACACCAUAUACCAAGAAGCACACCAUCACAACAAGGUAUGAAUAUGAUUUGAUCCUCAGUCCUGACAUCAACAGUGCCCAGUACCAUCAAUGGUUCUACUUUGAGGUCAGUGCCAUGAAGGCUGCCAUUCCUUACCACUUCAACGUCAUCAACUGUGACAAGCCAAACAGCCAGUUUAAUUAUGGUAUGCAACCAGUCAUGUAUUCAGUGAAGGAAGCUCUGCAGGGCAGACCCCACUGGAUUCGGGUGGGCUACGAUAUCAGUUAUUAUAAGAACCACUACCGAAACUGUGCCCCAGCAGCGGCAGGAGGUCCUCGUGGGAAGUCAUGCUAUACUCUCACCUUCAGCCUCGUUUUCCCUCACCAGGAAGAUGUUUGCUACCUGGCCUACCAUUAUCCAUACACCUACUCUACCAUGAUGUCCCACCUUGACAUUUUGGAGCAAACCAGGAAUACAAAGAAAGUCUUCUUCAAGAGGCAGACCCUUUGCCACACGUUAGCAGGAAAUGCAUGCCCUCUGCUUACUAUCACUGCCAUGCCUGAAUCGGAAAGCAGGAAUGACCUGGAGCAGUUCCGUAAGUCAGUUCUCUCAUUUGCUCGACCCCCUCUUGAUCUUGAGUAA